GUUUUAAACUAUUUUCACAACUACAAUUAAAUACAUUUAUUGAGGUAGCGGAGAUGGUAGGGAGCAAGCUUUACAAUGUGGACUUGACGGACACCAAAACUAAGAUAGUGUUGGGUGUUGCAGCUGCAGGAACAGCACUAGCGUUAGGUGGCGCUAUUUACUAUAUGUCCAGUGGGGAGAGCUCUGAGGAAAAGUCUGCAGAAACACCAACAGAAGAAACAGAUGCCCCAAAGUCAGUGGAUAAGGUAGAAGAAGAACCUGAGCUCACUGCUUUGGAGCAGGCUGAUAAGAGGAAGGGGGCAGGUAACGCCUUCUUCAAGAAAUCAGAGUUUGACGAUGCCAUCGCGUGCUACCUGGAGGCUAUAGACCUGUACCCGGAAGCUAACCCAGUGGAGAAAUCCCACUGUUACCAGAACAUGGCAGCUGCUUCAGAGAAGCUAGGCAAGUACGAGGAAGUGGUGAAGUAUUGUAGCCUAGCUCUCGACCUUAACCAGAAAUACAUCAAAGCAAUUCAGCGACGAGCCACGGCAUAUGAGAAGCUAAAUAAAUACGAGUCCUCAAUAAAAGAUUGGACGGCUGUCUGUCUGAUUGAGGGCCCUGAAAAGUCUAUGAAAGCUGGUUACAUGGCAACAAGUGAUCGUGUCCUGAAAGCGUAUGGUGAUGAACAAGCUAAGAAGUUGAUGUUGUCCAGGAAACCCAGACUACCGUCUCACACUGUGAUCAAGUCAGCCCUGGACAACAUACACAUGCGAGACUUCCACUCUACAGUCACUCCUGAAUCACUUGACAAUACGGGGGACAAGCUCUACAUUGAGAUAUUAGCAGAUCUUGAGAAGCGAGACUACGACGUAGUUCCCUCUAAAUUAGAUAAAGCUUUGAAGGAGGAACCCGUAAAGUUCUUAAAUCAGCUCAGAUGUCUCCGUGGAAUAUUCUCGUGGGUAAUGGCAGACCAUAAGACUGCCAUACAGAACUUUGAUGCAGUGAUAAUGGACCCUAAAAGCUACAUGAGGCUGAAGAUCCAGGCCCACAUCCACCGUGGAGAAGUGUACCAAGCAAAGGGGGACAAACUGCGAGCACUAGCUGACUAUAACACUGCAGUGCAGACAGAUGAGGACCACCCUGACCCCUACCUUCACCGAGCUCAAUGUUACCUCAGUAUUGAGGAUCUGGCUAAUGCUAUCAAGGACUUGGAGAAGUGUAUAGAGUUAGAUGAUGAGUUCCCGGCCCCCUGGACCCAGCUGGUAUAUGGACAGUACCAGAUGGCGCGCACCAUGACCCCCAGUCUCCUGGAUCAGGUGUUUAAGAACCUGGGGAAGAUGGUGGAGAGGUUUGCUGAUGUUUCUGAUGUCUUUGCUCUCUAUGGGCAGGUACUGCAGGAUCAGCGCCAAUUUUCUGCUGCAGAGGAGAAGUUCUUAGAGGCUCAACGACUUGAACCUGGCAAUGUUACUUACAAAGCUCAUGUUGCUACUUUGAAAAUGAUGGCCGAAAACAACUUCGACUCAGCUUUAGUUCUACUGAACGAGGCCCACGAAGCAGACUCGAAGUGUGACUUUGUUCUGGAGAACCUGGGUAUGAUCUACAUUCAGAAGCAGAUGUACCCUGAAGCUCUGGAGUGUUUCAAGAAAGCGCUGGAGCUGGUAAAGACAGAAGCAGAAGCAGCGCACUUGUCAGCACUGUAUGUAGGGAUACAAUGCCAGUGGGAAGUAUGUGAUGAGUAUAACGUUAAACCUGUCAGUAUGGCAGAUCUGCAGGACUUCAGUCAAAUGAUGACAGCACCUCAGGGGUGAUGCUAUCACCUUAUCUGAACACUUCUGGUUCUUCAACACACCAAAAUUCUAGAUUGUUUGUCAAUUAAUUUAUUACAGUAGUUGAACACGAUUAUAUUUUUGCAAAACUUUUUUUAAUUGGUCAUUGGUAAUUUGAGGCAAGGGAUUAUGAUUCUACAGUUUUCUUGGAAUGGCAGCAGUUAUACUUAUUGUAUAAUCUGCUCAUUCGAGCAGACUUGGCUCUUCUGCCUUCAUUUGUGGAAUUAAUAUUAACUUUUGUUUACCAACUUAUAUUAUUGAGGACAUUUAGUGACGUCACGUUUCCAUUAAAGAACUAACCACAAGCUAUCUCAAGUGUGACUACCAGACGUUGAAUAUUUGAUUUACUUGAGCUUUUUUUGGCUCAUUUUUACACUCUUUACGAUUAAUAUGGUUUCCGUGAUGCAAAGUUCAUUGAUUUACAA